AUGCCCCGGCAUCUGGCUCACAAGCUGACAAAGUGGCGUUCCUGGACCAACUCAGCGACCUCAUCAAGUCAGCCACCCAGCCAAACGACGACGAGCCAAGGCUGCCCGCCAUCAUCGGCGGCGACUUCAACAACACACCAAACAUCAGCCCCCUGUACGUCCAACCAGAGCCAAGCCAAGAGCCUAGGAGCGCCACACAGGCAAACCACGCUCUCAAGGACUUCAUCAACAAGCACGCACUCGAGGAUGCCUGGCUGCUCAACCACCGCGCCGAUGACCCUGUCGAAUUCACACGAUGGCCGAGCAAGAACCAGACACACCGAGCCUCCCGCAUCGACCUCAUGCUCCUGUCAUCCAACCUCCCGCUCACAAUCAAGUCGACCGCGACCAGGAUUUACCAACACUCGGAUCAUCGAGGCGUCUGUGUGA